AUGGACCUUGUGUCUCUUCUCACUUUGUGGAAUUAUGACUGAAGGGGUGGAAGUGUCCAUGGCCACCCUUCCAUGUGUUCCAUGGCCAUGUGUUCAGGUGAGGCUCACAUUUCUGCUCCUCCCGCUGCUUUUCACAUGCCAUCGGGUGAGCGGCUUCUAUGUGCCAGGGGUUGCACCCAGGAACUUCCACCAAAACACUCUUGUAGAAAUCAAGGCCGUGAAGCUUACCAGUUCGAGGACCCAGCUACCUUACGAGUAUUACUCCUUGCCCUUCUGCCAUCCGGUCAACAUCACAUAUAAAUCAGAAAAUCUAGGUGAGGUCCUGCGUGGAGACAGGAUUGUCAACACUCCUUUCCAAGUUUUCAUGAACAGCAAGAAGAAGUGCGAAGUCCUGUGUGAGGUCGUCCUGAAGACGGAAGAGAGCAAGCUGAUGGCAGAACGGAUCCAGGAGGAAUACUACGUCCACCUCAUUGCUGAUAAUUUGCCUGUGGCGACGAGGUUGGAGUUCUACUCAAACCACGAGGAGGAAGAGAAGAACAAGGAGAAGGAUGUGCAGUUUGAGCAUGGCUACCGGCUCGGCUUCAUGGACAGCAAUAAGUUCUACCUGCACAACCACCUCUCCUUCAUCCUUUACUACCACAGAGAAGAGACGGAGGAGAACCAGGAGCCCACCUUCCGGGUGGUCCGCUUCGAGGUCGUCCCACAGAGCAUUAAGAUGGCUGAUCUGAAGGCGGAUAAGAAGGGCGCCUGCACCCUCCCAGAAGCCGCCAACUCCGCUCCUCAAGAAAUCGAUCCCACCAAGGAAAACAAACUGCUCUUCAGCUACUCUGUGCGCUGGGAGGAAAGCGACAUCAAAUGGGCAUCCCGUUGGGACACAUACCUCACCAUGAGCGACGUGCAGAUACAUUGGUUCUCCAUCAUUAACUCCGUCGUGGUCGUCUUCUUCCUUUCUGGUAUUCUCAGCAUGAUCAUCAUCCGGACGCUCCGGAAGGACAUUGCCAACUACAACAAGGAAGAUGACAUUGAAGACACCAUGGAGGAGUCCGGCUGGAAGCUGGUGCACGGCGAUGUCUUCAGGCCCCCACAGUAUCCCAUGAUCCUCAGCUCCCUCCUGGGCUCCGGCAUCCAACUCUUUUGCAUGAUCCUGAUUGUUAUUUUUGUGGCCAUGCUGGGCAUGCUCUCUCCAUCCAGCCGAGGGGCCCUGAUGACCACUGCCUGCUUCCUCUUCAUGUUUAUGGGUGUUUUUGGUGGUUUCUCUGCUGGACGGUUGUAUCGGACACUGAAAGGCCAUCGGUGGAAGAAAGGAGCUUUCUGUACGGCCACACUAUACCCAGGCGUCGUAUUUGGGGUGUGCUUCAUCUUGAACUGCUUCAUUUGGGGGAAACACUCCACAGGAGCGGUCCCCUUCCCCACUAUGGUGGCCCUUCUAUGCAUGUGGUUUGGCAUCUCUUUGCCACUGGUCUACCUGGGCUACUACUUCGGGUUCCGCAAGCAGCCCUACGACAACCCUGUGAGGACCAACCAGAUUCCGAGGCAGAUCCCGGAGCAGAGGUGGUACAUGAACAGAUUUGUUGGGAUCCUGAUGGCCGGCAUCCUGCCGUUUGGAGCCAUGUUCAUCGAGCUCUUCUUCAUCUUCAGCGCAAUUUGGGAGAACCAGUUCUACUAUCUCUUUGGCUUCCUCUUCCUGGUGUUCAUCAUCCUGGUGGUUUCCUGCUCCCAAAUCAGCAUUGUCAUGGUCUACUUCCAGCUCUGCGCAGAGGACUAUCGGUGGUGGUGGAGGACCUUCCUGGUAUCUGGAGGAUCCGCCUUCUACGUGCUGAUCUAUGCAAUCUUCUACUUUAUGAACAAGCUGGACAUUGUGGAGUUCAUCCCCUCCUUGCUGUACUUUGGCUACACUGCCCUCAUGGUGUUGUCCUUCUGGCUCCUGACAGGGACCAUUGGCUUCUAUGCAGCCUAUAUGUUCGUCCGCAAGAUUUAUGCCGCUGUGAAGAUAGACUGAAAGUACUCCGGCGCCAUGCAGCACAAGGAGGCCUUCCUCUCCGUUUCCUCCUGGAAUGGAAGCGAGGAACUCUCUCUUUCCUCUUUCUCCCAAGGAAGCAGGACUCGGUGGAAGUGGGACACCAGAAAUAAAAGAGAAAAACUAAACAGCUCAAUUUUGGGAAUGUAAUCUUUGUCACCGUGUCCUUGGAAAACGGGGAAAUCUCCCGGAGGGAUGUGUAGAUACUUUGCAUUUAAAUUUUUACUCUAUUCUGGUUAUAAGGAACUUUUGAAAGCUCUGAAUCGUCCCCCUCAAUGAGUUUUUAUUUUCUUUUGUCUGUAUGUCAUGGUAACAGUCCAUUAGACUGCGACGGAUACUUUUUUUUGUGAAGCAGACAUUCAAUUCAGGGAGAGACAUUAUUUGGUUUCUGUGCAGAAUGGCCUUUUGCUGUGCCUGCCCUCGGAAGAAGACUACGAGGAUGGUGAGAAUCCCGAGAAAUGUUUGCAAAUCCUUGGCCACGGCUCUAGGAGGCUCUUUUUUCUCUUCUGCUGCUUUGGAGGGAAGUGCCAUUUCAGAAUUGCAAGGCAAGGGCAGUUUCUCAAGAGGAAUCCAAACUCUUCACCUCUCUCUGCUGCUCAAUGCUGGAGGUUUUUAAAGGAAACCGCUAUGACAGGGGCUUGCCUUGCCUCGACAAGCUUUGAACAACAUUAAAAAGUGUGAGGUUUGUCCCUUUUUCACAAUAAAAUGAGCCUACGAGACAAGAGAAAUGCUGGACAAACAUUCCCUAGGAAUCGCCUCAAACCAAUCUGGAGCUGAGAGGAAGUGCCAGACUCUUUUUAUCUAGGCAAAGCUUGCUCUGCUGUUCAUGUGCCAAGCAAGGAGUCUAGACUGUUAAAUGUGAGAAGGAAUGGAACUGGAGGACUUCUGCGUGGCUGUUGGGUUUUUCAAGAAAGGAUGUCCUUGUUUUCGCAAGUGUUUCUUCCAUUCCGUCUGCUCCUCAGCAGCACAGUCUCUCAAUCUGACCCAACAAUUAAGAAAUCGGAGGUAGCCGAGAAGCUACCUCCGUCUAUAAUGCCCUCCUUGACCAUCGCCCCAAAGGACCGAGGCCUGACUCAAAGGAGCCGUGGUGUCUCUUGCCACACUGUGGUCGCCCUCGUUGCCGUAAGGUAGAGUCCGUCCCAAGAGCUUCAUUCGAUCCAGAUCCAGGGUAUUUGAGUCAACCCCCUCCACCCAUAUUCCCUACACUUUUUAAUGUAUUGUUUGAGCUCAACUGUAAAUAAAUAUGUUGUCCUGUUG